CACCCACAAGCUGCUGGGCAGACAGAAAGAAAGAUCUGUGGCUCACCCACGGCCAUAAGAUAAAGAGCACUGAAGCCCCCACUGUUUUCAGUCUGGUUCUUGCCUGCCAUCAGAGUUCCUGGGAAGCUCUGUAAUGUGCUCCAAAGGGCUGAAGUUGUGUCUGGCUCUGGAACUUCUACUGCUGCCUCUUUGUUUCUUGGAAACCAACAUUCAAGGUUAUUCAGAACAUCCGGAAUCUGCAGUCUCUGGCAGCAAUGUGACUCUUCCAAUCCCCGACUGGCCUCACAACCACCAAAGUCUCACCUUGUUUUACAAUUCCAACAAGAAGAUUUUAGAAUGGGAGUUUGACAAGCCUAAUCCUCACUUCUUCAAAACUACAUUUAAGGACAGGGUCACACUUGAUCGUGAAAAUGGCACACUCUACAUUUGUAAGGUCCAGAAAAAUGAUACAAGCACCUACAUCUUGAAGGUGGUGAUGGAGAAUUGGACUGAAAAGGAAUGGAAGAUCCCACUGGAAGUGUUUGAUCCUGUACCUAAGCCUGUCAUAAAAAUUGAGAAAAUACAGGAAGUGAACAACAGCUGUUUUCUGAUCCUGUCAUGUGUGAUCCCGGAUAAUAUAUCUGUUCAAUACUUCUGGUUUAGGGACUCAGGUCCCUUCCCAAAAGAGCUCCAGAGUGAUGUGCUUAACAUCUCCAUUAAGCCACAAGACUACUCCAAGUUUUACACAUGCCAAGUCAGCAACUCCGUGAGCAGUAACAAUGACACAAUCAACUUUACUUCAGCCUGUACACCAGCACGAUCUUCUGGAGUAGCUUGGAUUUCAGCAUGGCUAGUGGUCAUGAUAUGCACUGUUCUUGGCCUCCUGUUGACCUGAAACAAGUUUUCCCAAUCCUGAAAUUUGAAGACUUGAAAGGUCUUGCUUCUAUCAGCAACUAUGCUCUUAACCUGGAAGAAGCUCUGGUUCUAUUGGAUAGAGAAAGAGUGUUAAGUCAUGCAUAAAGAUUUUCAAAUUAACUUUUAAAAAUCAUGGCUAUGUAUGGUGAUCAUCACAGGAAAAUGGGGGAGGGGAGAGAGAAGAGUGUAAAAGAAGAUAAAUGAUAGACUUCACUGGGGGUGGUGAACAUACAAUACAAUGUACAGAUGAUAUAAUAUAGAAUUGUACACUUGAAACCUAUAUAAUUUUAUUAACUAAUAUCACCCAAAUAAAUUCAAUUAAAAAUAAAUAAUAAGUAAAAGAAAAAAAAUAAGUUGAAUGUCACAUUUCAGGUUUGCGGAUCUUCCACAACUGAGUUGAAAUGGUAUAUUUACAUCUGUAGAUUAAAUAAUAAAUUAUUAACAAAUCAUCAAUAAUGUAACCAUAAUAUGCUAUUUAGACAAAUGCUGAGUGGGGAUAAUCUCUUUUCUCAAAUACGAAAGAUUUUCUUUAUGACAUGCCAUUCUAAAUCUCAAUUUAGAAUAACUAUUAAAAAUAUUAUAAAUCACUUGGCAAAAAUAAAACUCCUAAGCAUAAAAAUAAAAAUAAAAAUCAUGGCUAACAUUUUAUUUUAUAUCCCUUAGUUGUUUUCCAACAUGGAUAUAUAGAUACACAUGCACUUUUUUCCAUCAAAAAUUGUGAUCAACCCUGGCUGGUGUUGCUUAGUGGAUUGAGUGCUGUUCUGAGAACUAAAGGGAUGCCCGUUCGAUUCCCAGUCCAGGUCCCCAGUAGGGAGUAUGUGAAAGGCAACCACACAUUGAUGUUUCUCUCCAUCUCUUUCUCCCUCCCUUCCUCUCUCUGUAAAAAUAAAUAAAAUCUAAAAAAAACCCACGAUCAUACUAUGCCAUGUUGUAUGCAAUGAUUAAAUAAAUAUUUAAUAUUAUUAUCAAAGUGGA